AUGGCUCGCCCUCACCAGCGUCUUGAACAUGAAGCCAUGCUGGACGAGCCCGAGCUGCGAGAGCUCUUCGUUGAGGCUGGAGACCUUCGCUCGGAGCUGACUAGCAUGAAUUCCAUCCGUGCCGAUGGGAAGGCCCCCAAGUGUAAUCCCGCCGGAAAACUCGACACCACUGGGGUCCUUGCUGCUGCGGACGUCUCGACUGACAUUGGUCAGUCGGCUGCCUCCGGUAAAUCCACUAACACCACGCUUGACCCUUCGGCUGCUUGUCUGCGCGGCUUCGCGCUUGGGCUGGCGAUGCCGCGUCUGGGAUUUACUGGCUCGCUGUACACUGUGUGCAUGCAGGUUUAG